CAAUCGUUUGGUGUUGUGUGAGUUCAAUUGUCUGUAAACAAAUUAGAUAACCGGAGCUUCUUCAAAUGGGAGACACCUAGCUUGAUAAAUUAUUUGAAUUUUGCUUGAUCAAUUAUCAACUUACGAGUCAGUUGACACCUGUGCCAAGUGGUGGACGGUUGGACCAAUCGACAAUAUGCAAUCGCUUAGAUUAAGUCUGAUUAAAUUGCUAUUGCUGAUUCAUCUACUUAACCAUGUAGUUGUUGCUGAUAUCGAGCCAAUUGUUUUAGUGCACGGAGGGGCAGGGACCAUCAGCGAGGAUAGAAUUCCUGGCAAGUAUCGCGGAUCGAAGCUGGCUGCACGUGUCGGCUAUCAGAUACUGAUGAGCAACGGAACGGUGCUGGAUGCCGUCGAGGAAGCAGUUCGGAUUAUGGAAAGUGAUAGCAAUUUCAACGCCGGGUACGGCUCGGUGCUGAAUUACGAUGGCGAUGUGGAAAUGGACGCCAGCAUUAUGGACGGGGCCACUUUGAAAGCCGGCUGCGUUGCGGGUGUGCGCGAUGUGCUCCAUCCCAUCACACUGGCUAGGCGGGUGAUGGACAAAACCAGGCACAACUUCCUUGCGGGGCAGGGAUUGGUGGACUUUGCUAAGCAAGAGGGCAUAGAAAUCCUAAGCCCACCCGGACAACUGGUUACGCAAUACUCCAAAGAUUCGCUAGACAGAUGGAAGGCAAACAACGAGAAACCCAGCACCGGCGAAGGAGGAACGGUUGGUGCGGUGGCCAUGGAUAGAUUUGGUAACAUUGCAGCGGCUACGUCUACGGGCGGCCUCACUGGAAAACUGCCCGGCAGGGUCGGCGAUACGCCCAUCAUCGGUGCUGGCACCUAUGCUGAUAACCUGAUCGGAGGCAUUUCUGCAACCGGUGACGGAGACACCAUUAUGAAGGUGUCACUAGUGUACGACAUCCUGAAGCGCAUGGAGUACCUGGGAGAUGACAUGAUCAAAGCAUCGGAAGAAGCACUGGCAUCGAUGACGGAGCGUCUCGAUGGUACGGGUGGUAUCGUUGGGUUGGACACGAAUGGAAAUGUAGCGAUCGUGUGCAACACGGAUCAAAUAUCCUGGGCGUACCAGCGUGGGAACAUCGUUGCUUAUGGUGUUCGCAAAGGGGAGCACAUUGAGGAACUGCUGUCUGAGAAUCAGAUGGCGGCGGAUGUUUUGUCGAUUUCGGAGGAAAUGUAUUCAAUAUAUCAUUGAAGGAAAUGCAAACUAAUGCUUAAUUGGAUUGAAGAGUUAGAAUAAACUACUGAUGCAAAUUGCAAGCAUUGGCUA